GCCCUCAACAGGCAGAUCCGCGAGGAGGUGGCGAGUGCCGUGGGCAGCUCCUACAGGAAUGAAUUCAGAGCAUGGACGGACAUCAAGCCUGUGAAACCAAUAAAAGCGAAGCUCCAGUACAAGCCCCCCGAUGAUAAGAUGGCUCACGAGACCAGCUACAGUGCCCAGUUCAAAGGGGAAGCCAACAAGCCAACACCAGCUGACAAUAAGUUCAUUGAGCGCAGAAGAAUACGCAGCCUCUACAGCGAACCUUUCAAGGAAUGCCCAAAGGUGGAAAAAACUAGUGUUCAGAGUUCCAAACCAAAAAAGACCUCAGCGAGCCACAAGGCCCCGAGGAAGGCCAAAGACAAGCAGGUGGUGUCGGGCCGGGCCUUCAAGAAAAAGAGCGCGGAGGGCCCCAGCGCCGCCCAAGCCCAACCCGACGACAAGGAGCAAAGUAAAGAGAUGAACAAUAAACUGGCUGAGGCGAAAGAGAGCCAGGUCCAUCCCACCAGUGACUCACAUAAGAAUCGAGGUCCUGUAGCCACAGAGCCAGACAAGAAACAAGGUCCCGUGGGCCUGGGGCCUCUGAAAGAUCAAGGCCCUGUGAUCCAAGAGCCACGAAAGGAUCAAGGCCCUGCUGUUCCAAAGUCUCUAAAGGAUCAAGCUCCUGCGGUCCCAAGGCCUCUGAAGGAUCAAGCUCCUGCGGUCCCAAGGCCUCUGAAGGAUCAAACUCCUGGGGUCCCAGGGCCUCUGAAGGAUCAAGCUCCUGGGGUCCCAGGGCCUCUGAAGGAUCAAGCUCCUGGGGUCCCAGGGCCUCUGAAGGAUCAAGCUCCUGGGGUCCCAGGGCCUCUGAAGGAUCAAGCUCCUGGGGUCCCAGGGCCUCUGAAGGAUCAAGCUCCUGGGGUCCCAGGGCCUCUGAAGGAUCAAGCUCCUGGGGUCCCAGGGCCUCUGAAGGAUAAAGCUUCCAUGGUCCCCACAGCAGUUAAGAAUCAAGAUCACACGGUCCCUGGGCCUUUAAAGAAUGAAGGUUCUGGGAUCUCAGCACCAGUCAAGGACCAAGGUUCCUUGUUCCCGUUGUCUCUAAAUAAUCAAAUGGUUCCAGCAAGAGUUAAGGAUCAAGGUUCCAUGGUACUAGAGACUCCAAAGGAUCCAGGUCCUGUGGCCCCAGCACCUGUCAAGGAUCAGGGUCCUAUGGUCCCAGAGCAUCUAAAGGAUCGAAGUGCCAUGCUCAUAGCACCUGUAAAGAAAGAAGGUCCUAUGCUCUCUGAGCCUGCAAAGAACCAAGGUUCAGUGGUUCCAGAGCCAGUCAAGGGUCAGGGUGGCGUGGCCCCAGAGCUUCUGAAGGGUCAUGAUUCUGUAGUUGUAAAGAAUCAAGGUUCUAUGGUCCCAGAACGAGUCAAGGAUCGGGGCACUGUGAUCCCCGAGCCCCCAAAGAACCAAGGUCCUGUGGUCCUUGAGCCUGUGAAGAAUCCAGUUCCUAUCAUCUCGGUGCCUCUGAAAGAUCAAGAUCCUCUAGUGCCACCACCAGCCAAGGACCAAGGUCCUGUGGUCCCUGGACCUCUGAAGACUCAAGGUCCAAAGGGCCCGCAGCUGUCCACUGUCUCACCUCCACCCCCAGUCACGAUCCCAACUGUCCCCCAUGCAGAAUAUAUUGAGAGCUCCCCUUGACACUCACCCCUUGACACCAAGGAAAGAGGUGGCAGUGAAAGUGCUCCCUCCCCAGGGUAGCAAAGUCUCACAUUUAAUCUGCAUGAAACAGUAUUGUAUAGUCUUGCUGGAAUCUAAUAAAACAAAUCCCUCUGGCUUA